AUGAAAAAAGAACCAGCUUUACAGUUUCCAGGAAAAAAGAAUUUUAUUUUAACCAGUUUUCUCUGGUUCUACAGAAUAUCAUGGCCAUCCUGCAUCAAGUCAUCUUUCCUUUCUGUAGUCAUAGUUUUAUCCCUAAAUUAUAGACCAAACAGUGUUCAAAUUGACUCUGACAAAAGGGCAGAUGAGCUAAUAAAAAGCUUGGAUUGUCCCCGUGGGGUUGCUUUGUUUCCUCUGGCUGAAGUAGGGAGGCCGGUUGGCCUCUGCAAGAAGUGGGCGUAUGGGCAGAGCAGAGCGCAUCAGACCUGGGCAUUGGCUGCAGUUCACCUGGGUGCUCCAGCGGCCUGCACACCGCUCUCCGAAGUGGGCGUAGGAGUAGACCGCACCUGGCCUGGGUCAAGAGUGGAGCGCACCUGGGGGGCGCUUGUGCGCCUCUUCCCAGCUCCUAGCCAGUGGGUCCCGGGUGAGCUCUCAGGGGUCUUCAUUGCAGCUGGGAAUGCCCAUCUCGUGGGCUUCUGGGUCCUCAAUCGGCAUCCAGUGAGUGGAGCGGAGUGGGACUCGGUGGCACAAGGUGGAACAGGGAAACACGUAUUACACCUUUUCUGUUGA